UCAAACUGAAAAUUUCCAGUGGGAAACCCAAGUAAGAGUCUGCUAUCUGUAUAUAAUAUAUAUACAGGUUUCAAGCCAACCAACCAAGCAGUUGCUUUUAAGUAGUAAUUGCGCAGGCAACAAGCAUAGAGCACAGAUAAAAAUUAUGAGGUUUGCUACAGUGCUCACAGGGUUAGCAGUAUGCGUAGCUGGAGUUACAGCACAAUCUUCCUCAGAUAACACAAAGACUGAUACAAGAUUCCUAGGCGUAAUCCCGGGACUUUCUACGGGAAACACACAAACAGACAGUUUUGUUAAUGGAGGUAUUCUGGGAGCUGGACUACUAGGAGGGGCAGGGUUACUCACAGGAGCAAUUAAUCCUGGAAUUCUGACAGGUGGGUUAGGUGGGCCUAAUAAUUGUGGAAGGAGGAAGAGAAGACAAUCAAGUACUAACACUAAAUUCUUUCUUCCUAACAAUAACUGUAACAAUCCUUGUGGGCGAAGAAAGCGACAGGCCUCUGGUGAUCGUGCAGGGGGGGAUAAAACAAAUACUAGAUUCUUCCUCGGAGGGAAUAACAACCAAUGCGGCAGUGGUGGUUACAACAACGGUGGCUUCAGUAAUGGUGGCUACAGCAAUGGUGGCUACAGCAAUGGUGGCUACAGCAAUGGUGGCUACAGCAAUGGAGGCUCUAGUUACAACAACGGUGGCUACAGCAAUGGAGGCUCUAGCUACAAUAACGGAGGAUACAGCAGUGGUGGCCAAGGAUGUAAGUGCACCCAAUUGACGAUUAACAAUGGACGUGAAGGAAACUGUAGAAGCUCGGAUAAAACUACUGGGAGGACCUGGUGCUACACUACAGGGUGGGGUGGAUCCUGUGGAGACUACCAUAGCUCACAACAGUACCCCAACAAUCCAUGGUCAUACAAUGCUUGCAGUAAUCAAUGGGGAAAAUAAUCACAACGUAUGCUCCAACGACUUAUGUCGAUUUGAUAAUAAGUUAUUUUCAAGUUGAUAACCAAAUAUUUUUAAAAUGUAUUAUUGUAGAGCAAAACAUUGAUCACCUUUGCAGCUUUGACUAUACAGUUUUAAAAUGUUUCAAGGUUUAUAAAUUUUAUAAACUGAUUAAUUUCAA